ACGGACCGGAUUAGCCGAUGCUAAGGCUAACAAAGCUAACACAAACUAGCCGUAGAGAUAAAUCAAAUUAACCUCCUUUGUUUCACAGUCUGGUUCGUUUUCAGUCCGCAUGGUGUCACGCAAACAGAAGCGGGUGUGGAAAUACGUGGAGGAAGGCAGCGUGCUGAGGCUGAAGUCGUACCUGCGGAAGCACCGGGACCUGGAUGUGAACUUCUCCCAGGGCAAGAGGGAGAGGAGCCCGCUGCACCUGGCCUGCUGCCUGGGAGACGACGCCGUGCUGCGGCUGCUGCUGAAACACGGAGCCGAUGUUCUCCAGAGGGACCGUAAAGGGGACACGGCGUUACACGUUGCAGUCAACAGGGCUUUGAAACACGGGAAGACAGCGUAUGAUGACCUGGUUGUGCCUCUGAAAAAGAGCUGCCCAGAGGCUUUGAAUGCAUCAAACAGAGCUGGAGUUACACCUCAAGACCUGCUGAACUGGAGCAAACAAACAGAGACUGCAGAGAACAUGAGCCGUCCAUCUGAGAGAGACACUGAGAAGGAGUGGAUGGAAAAGCUGUUUGAUGAAUGCGAGGAUGAAUUCUUUGAAACCUUUGGAGUAUACGAUGCUGAUGAUUUUCUCCCUGUGGACGAUGACGAGGAAGACUUCGGGGACUGGGCUGACCGUAUUAGAAAAGAAUACUUUGAUAAAAAGCAUGCUGAGGCUCAAAGACUGGCGUCGUCGUCUUCUGGGCAUAGAAAAAGGAAGAGUAGACAAGAGAGAGAGCAGGAGGAGAAAAGCAACAAGGAGCUGCAUGAGAAGCUGCAGAGGGAACAUGAAGAGUAUCUGGCCCGGGCAGCACGUAAAGAGGAAGAGACUCGGCAGGGUAAGAAGCGCAGGUACGACGAGAGGUGUGCGGCUACUUUUGCUGGUGCCUCUUCAUCAGGUGGCACAAAGCUGAGCUACAGCGACAUCCCCUGGCCGGCUCCACGAGGUACAGUAGAGGAGAUGCUGGAUGUGAUGCUGCACGGCGUGGACAGGAAAGACGUGCCGGUGUUUCGUAAAAUGCUCCGGAAGCAGCAAGCGCUGUGGCAUCCUGAUAAAUUCGCUCAGCGAUGUGAAGCUCGGUUGGAGGAGAAGGACAAGCAGCGGAUCCUGGAUACAGUUACAGCGCUGUCGCAGGAGCUCAACAGACUGGCCCAGAGUCUGAGGACUUAAAACUAUGCUUGAAUAAGAGAAAAGAUUAUUCAUCCAAAACUCUGUCUUAAAUUUAUUUAAAAAAAAAUCAUCUUGAAAAAGUCUUAAAAAGCAUUAAAUUUAAGUGUCUGAUACCUGUAGACACCCUGAGUUAAUGUGUGUUUCUGGAAAACUCUGUAAACACCCUGAACUGUUGACAAAAUUUGUUCCAUUGACGUGAAAGAACCAAAAAUCCAGCACAGUGUUUAACAACAUUUUGAUGCAGACAAACAGCACCAGUAUGUAAAUGUCAGUUGAGGAAAACACAAAUGAGAGAGCUCUCCUAGCUUUUAUACAAAUGAAGGAGAAGAUUCCAGGUGGUUUCAGGUUCCACACACACACACCUGGAGGCUACCCAGUACAAUCCCAGUCUGACCAGAGAGCAGCUGAGGGAACCGGCAACCUUAAAUAGUGCCACUAUAGUUCUUGACGUAGACCACUGUCAUGCUCCUGAUGUAUUUAUGUAUGAAGGUGGUGGGGGACAUAAGAGAUGCUUGAAACAUUGAAACAAACGCCUCUGCCACUAUUGUGAAUAUUUAAAAUUCUGGUGGCUUAUAAUAGCAUUUGCUAGUUAUUAUUUCAGACGGCAGUUGAUUUUUGUGGGGCGGCAUGGUGGUACAGUGUCGAGCAUGGGUUUUCUCUGGAUACUCCAGCUUCCUCCCACAGUCCAAAGACAUGCAGGUUAAUUGGUGACUCUAAAUUCUCCGUAGGUGUGAAUGUGAGUGUGAAUGGUUGUCUCUAUGUGUCAGCCCUGUGAUAGUCUGGUGACCUGUUCGGGGUGUACCCUGCCUCUCGCCCAACAUCAGCUGGGAUAGGCAAGAACCUGUGCCACCCCCCCAACAGGAUAAUAAAAAUGAAUGAGUUAAUGUAUGUGUUUUUAUUGAUAUAUUUUGGAGUGAGGGAUUUUAACCAUAUCACAUAAGGACUAUUUUCCUGAUAUAUGUGAGCAUGGAUUACUUAUCAGGCCUAUUGGGCACAGGCCCAAGGGCCCAAAGUGUCAGGGGCCGUCCUGUCCUUCUUCAAAGUCUCACUUAAAUUACUGUUAUAUUUAUUGACCAUGAACACACUCAACGAGAAUGAGAUGCAAGGAGAAAUGACCUCAGAGAGAUGCAUGCUGGCUCCACAGAGAUGCAAAGCAAUAGUUUGUCUUGUUCCUUUGUCAGAGAGAUGGUGGGGGCUUUUGCAUGUCUUUGCCCAGGGGCCCAUUGUCUCUGCUUGCAGGAUUGAAACGGCAGAGAUGAGUGGUUUUGGUACCAGUUUGGACACUGAGUAUGAACAUGCUGCUGCUAAACGCCUGAUUUUAAGAAAAUUAAAUGAACAUCAUCACCCAGAUUCCUCUAAUCCUGAGUAACAUUUGUGUUGAGUCAUGUGGGCCCAGUGCCGGUAUGCAUGCUCCUAAAGC